GCCUUCAAUGAUGCAGCUUUCACAGAGGAAGACUGGGAGGGAAUUCAGAGAGUUGGCCGAAGCAUCAAGCAGGAUGACCCAACAAAAGUUGGGAGAUUUGGGAUCGGCUUUCAACUCUGUUUAUCACAUUACAGACUUGCCAUGUGUAUUCAGUUCUGAACACCUUGCCAUUUUUGACCCACAAAAGAAGAUGUUUGGAGAUGAUGAAGAAGGCUAUCGAUGGUCUUUGGAUGAUGAAGAGGACAGAGAGAGCCUUUUGAACUUGAGAGAUCAGUUUCAGCCCUUUCAAAAUGUGGUCAGUCAAGUCAGCAGUUGUUCCUGGGAGAAGGUCAUCAGUGAGGAGCAAUACUUCAAAGGAACGCUUUUCCGUUUCCCUCUGCGUAAUGAGGCUUCUGAGAUCUCCGAUAACUUGUAUGACUCCAAAAAAGUUACACAGCUUUUUGACAGUUUCAUUACUGAUGCAGACAUCAGUCUUCUUUUCCUGAGAAAUGUGUCAUCCAUUACUUUGCUGCAUAUUGACACCAAUGGCUUCUGCAACAAUAGGCUAAAAGUUUCGGUGUCGAAUCAAUUUGACACUGACCUUUCUCAUGUCAAGCAAGAAUCAUUUGACAGAAAAACUUGUUUCAAAACGGCAUCACACAUUUCCCAUCAAAUGAAAGAAACAAGGUCCCAGUGGCUUGUGACAACUUGCCUUCUGAAACACGGAUAUAAACCAGAGAUUGACUCUCUAGCCAGUAAGCUGAGCUUCUACCCUCAAGUUGAUGCAGCUUUUCAAAUAGAUGAAGACAGAUCACAUUGCAAUGGGCGACUAAGUUGCUUUCUGCCACUUCCAAAUAAUGAAUCAAACAAAACUGGGCUUCCCAUUCACAUCAAUGCUUGCUUUGGCCUGACAGAUAAUCGGAGGUUCAUUAAGUGGCAAGAGGAGGAUCAGAAGAAUGACGAGUCUGCAAAGUGGAAUGAGCUACUUAUAAAAGAUAUUCUUCCUCAUGUAUAUCUUUUGAUGAUCCUGGAUGCCAUUCAGUUAUCCAGAAACUCAACCCUGCCUGCUGCCACUGUGUACAAUCUUUGGCCUGACCUAUCCAAGACUGUACAUAAAGAAAGAUGGCAUGAAGUUGCAACAGACACUCUGAAUGGUCUAAUUGAAUACAAGAUCUUUCACCUUGCCAAUGAUGAGAACAUCUGGGUGUCUCCCUCAGAUGCAGUUUUUCCAGUCAACAAUAUAUGUAGUGACAAAAUGUCUGCAAUAUCAAGAUUACUGAUUGCUGAAGGAGAGAACCUGGUCACACUUCCAGAACAUGUUUUGAAAGAUGUUCAAGAAAUCUUCCCUGAAAGUGAUACAUUGACAUGGGUGACUCCAUCUUAUGUUAGAGAUGUCCUUCACAGAAGUAAGGUUGAAAAUCUCAGUAAAGAUGACAAAUACUCUCUUCUUGAAUUUGCUCUCAGUGAUGAGAAGUACGAAGAACUACAAGGCCUUAAGCUUCUGCCUCUCAGCGAUGGAACCUGCACUUCAUUUAGCAAUGGAGCGCAGAACACUGUUUUGAUCGACAAUGAGAAGUUUCCAAGAACAUUGCUGCCAUUUUGUAAAGAAAGAUUUUUACCCAAUGAUCUGAGCCAUUUUUGCACUAUGCAACUAAGGAAACUAGCAACAAAGAGCACAUACAACAUAAUCAAUUUGGAUGCUAAAGAUGUUGUUGCGCUCACCAAGAAGCACUUACCCAUGGACUGGAAGGUGUCCCAAGGUCAUGUGACAUGGAAAACAGCAGAAAAUCAUCAUCCACCAAAGAGCUGGCUAGCUGAAUUCUGGAAGUUUCUUAGCACUGAAUUGAUAGAGUUAAACAGCUUUAUUGACAUGCCUUUAGUACCACUGGAGCCACUACAGAGUUCAGGCAAUUCUGUAUUGUUAGCAAAGUUGCAGAGUAACACAACUUUGAUUUUUCAGAGAAGCACAGCAUCUAGCUUGUCAGAUCAUGUUCAGAAAGUGUUAAGGAUGGUGGGGUGUACAAUCAUAAAAAGAGAUGGGUGUCUUAGACAUCAUGACAUUGAGAGAUGCAGCUAA